AUGGUUUUCUCUGGAGACUCCACGAUCAGGCAGCAGUUCCAGGUUCUCGGGGAGUUCCUGAAGCUUCGAAGUGAUUUCCAACCGGUUGAUGGGAACGCGCAGGCCUACGAGAUGACGUUUGGCGCCCCGAGACAUACUCCCGGGUCGGUCACUUUCCUGCUCAUGCCGAUAUACGAAAAGUGCCUGCUCGUGAAGGGAAACCCGUACGUGGCGCAGGCCUACGCGAUGUACUUCGGCUGCGGCAUGCACCUGUUGCACCUGUUCCCGGUGCAGGAGUCGGCCGACGUGCCGCGAGCAAUGCUCAGCUGGGAAAACUACGACACUCUUCUAUCGGAGCGCAUCGGUGGGUGGCGAGAGGUCAAUCCCGACAUCAAGCUUGUCUACAUGACCACCCACACCAUCGACGAGAGCAAGUACUACGGAGAGUGGAAGACCGCGUUGGAGGGGUACAAGGCUCGAGAUCCUGUGUUUCUGGAACCGUGCAAGUUGAAGUUUGAAGAGAUUCUUCCCUCGGAGUCCCCCUUGCGAGAUGAUCUCGAGCAAGUUUGCAUCGACACUGUUUUUGGGGCGCAUGGGGUUCAGCUGCUCAACGAGCAAGGGUUGGCAGUGAUGAAGGAAAUGGGGGUGCCGGUUGUGCCGGCGCACAUGCUCGUGGAGGGGCAGCAAUGGGCAACACCGGACGGGGACGGGCGACACUUCCCGUACCUCACACCCCUGGAGCUCUUCUGGCUUUUCAACAUCCUGGAGGGUUUGUCAUGAUGUUUGAAGGUUCCGGUGACGCCCCUUGUCUCGCGCCCGUGUCAAGGGUUGGCUCGUUUGUGCAGCGAAGUUGCUGAGAGAGCUGGCGAACUGUGUUCAGAGCAUGCGGCCCGAUCGUAUGACAGAGUGGUAUUGAGAAAAAGCGUCGAUGUUCUACCACGUGCGCAUCUACCAUGUGUACCGUUGGUGGUCCAAGCCUGCAGCCAGUCGCGGGGACUAGAUGCGAGCAGCAGCCCUCGGGAAAGAACAGCUGCUGUGAUCCAUGCGACAUGUGUUUUCGAGCCAGGGGGCGGAACUGAAGUAGACUCGUAUAACUCUCUUUCUUUUCAAGGUUCACUGGGAACCCACUGGAAAAUUCUCUGGGGCGCUGAGAGCGUGCCGUUUCGGCUCUCCUUCGGGCACUGCAGCAGUAUCCAUCGCGGAGCCCGCUUGUACAUUUAUAUGUUUCGUGUAGUAUUUUGACGAUGAAAACGAUUGCGUGGACGGACACCAGGGCCGUCUUCGACGUUCAGGGAGGCGAAAUUGGAGUGACAGUUGUACGCCCGCGAGUUUUUGGGAAAAUUGAUGGCCCAUUCGUCGGCAGAGGUGUACAUUCCUCCAUCAGCGGCGGGAGUGCCCGAAGACGCAAAACGUUGCUGUCGCGUACUGUAUCAAAAAGCGCUCUAGGUACGUGCGUGCAACGAGAGUUAGCUGCGCAAACCCUAAUUCGCUGGCGGUAGGUCUGAAAAAUAAGGUGAACGUGAACUGCGCGUCUAUGUUGGGUGCGGUAGACCAUUUUGAACGUGCUUCGGUGUUUAUCAUGAUGGCGGGUGCGGAUGAUUGAACGGGGGUGUAAACUAAAAUAGAGGGAAACAAAUGGGAAUUUCCCCUCGUCAUUGUUUUUUGCGGAAAAUUGGGUUGCCUUGUUGUGUACCUGUAAAGGACGACCCAUGAAUGUGAUGUACGUCCUUCCUCUUGUG